CGUGCGCUCUGUCACGGACAGUAGAGGGAAUGCAUCGAUGAUGCACAGAAAGGGUAGCAACAGCACGAGCAUAAACUAGUCUCCUGUGUUGCGCUAUCUUUCUCUAUCUCUCUCUCUCUCUCUCUCUCUCUCUCUCUCUCUGUCUUUAUCCGUCUCCAGCACCCUCUCGCUCUCUUCGAUGCAUUGUCCCUUCUUACCACUGAUCGGGGUCAUAUCUCCUUCGGAGUUGCUGAUCGUGUCGUACGGUCGUAUACAAUUAUCGCAGCAAUCUGCGUCCAACUUAACCUAAACGAAAACGGAUAAACAAGCAGACGAACUAGCGCGUCGCGAGAGAGAGAAGGAGAGAGGCGACAGACCGACGUCGACAGGAGACACAGCGUAGCGACGGGAGCCGCACUCGACGUUGGCAUGGAUGACGUCACGACAAGCGAUUCCUGGACGACGGAAGUUGAUACGACUGAGGGCGUGACUGGGUCAACAGGCAGGCCGCUAGCAUUUCUACCCGCACACUACGCCCUGGUGACGGUAGCCUGCCUCUUACUGCUAGCUGCAGCAAUAAUCAGCUUGUACGCCAUGUGUAGAAGGCAGCACCAGCGGCUGAUGGCAGUAGCCGAGGCAAAGGUCGUGCUCUCCCAGCUAAGUAACCAGUCCGGCUCCUACACUACUCCUCUUCCCGACACGCCACUGCAGCAGCAGAAGCAUAGAUCCUCCGUGGAAAUCCUAUACGAUUACGAGCAAACCACGCCGACACCAGGUGGUGCCACGCGGCGGGAGACGGAGCCGUUGCGACCGGUAGGGGGCGCCUCGAGGUUUUCUUUUAACUUUGAGCGAGCUGGGUCGAUCCUGCGUGCCGUGUUUAGCGUGGCGACGACGCGGGACGAUGCGCGGGACAAGCGACAAGCCGACCAACGACCUGUCUCAAUGCUCAGCGUCGACAGGAUCAUGGGCCGCGGCGACGAAACCGCAUGUACGGGCAGCAACCCCGCAGUGACGACGGCUGCGCCCUCUAGUGGUACGUCUGACGUGAGACCCCUGCCGGCGGUGCGGAAAACCCCGGACGCGAGCGACGAGUUGCAGACGGGAGAAGGUAACCUGGCGCCCCCUGCCGCCUGUCAGCAGCCGCAGACGACAGAAAGUCGAGCGCGUGGUGGCGAGGACGAUGACGUUGACGAUGACGAUGGGUUUCUUAUUGGAGCGGUACACAUUGAGGACGAGCAAAUACGCGAAGCGUCACGAAUGACGUCAUUCGAUUAAUCGAUUGCCAGCCACAGAUAUUCGAAUGCCAAGUAAGGGAUGCGACCCAUCAUAUCAAGAGCGUAUAAAGAAGGCCUUUUUUAUACGCUCUUGAUCAUAUCCUAGGUCUACAGAGAAUAUACGAGUAGCCAAGAAGUGGUAUUACCAGGUGUAACACCAGGUACUAUAAGCUGUCGUUGUAGCUACAUAGCUCAACUAACUUUGUAAUUUAAUCAGAUGAUGUAUGCUAGAUUUUAGUCUAUCAAGCUGCAACGCGCGUUGUAUCGCUGGCCAUGUGCAAGUUAUUCAAGCAUGUUAUAACAUCACAUGUAAAUGAACGGUUGAGCGAACAGUAUGUCAUGAUAUCACGAGAUAUUGUUAUGGUUUGUCACAUAUCCAGAUGUAAUAGAUCUGCUGGUGUUUAAAUCGUUUGUAAUUUGUAUUGGCUCUUUACCCGGUCUUCAUUCCUCUGUGACGUCAUUAUAUGCGCCAGCGUCAUGGAAUAACGAGUCAAAUACUCAUCUAUAAAACAACACACACACAUAAAUUAUUUAAAAAAAUGAAGAAUAACAUAACCGGUAGGUGUGUGAUCUCAACGUUAAAUAUGUUAUUUAAAAAAAUCCAUUUGAUAAAGGUCUACCUCACAGCUUUUUAGAUCAUCUAAGACACAUAUCGCCACCUUCUGGCGUAUUUGAAUUAGUGAUAUGUCAGUCAGGGCUUCCUAUGACUGAUCAAGAGAGGCAUCAAGGUUAAUUUUUCAUGCCAAGCUCUUUCAACUAUUUACUAUCCAUUGUAAACAUUCAAUAAUUCAAAAAUCUUAAUAAAAUCACCGAAGGGUGUAUGCUAUCUAAUUAAAAAAAUAACGCAAUAAAAUUAUAUUUCAUACAUUUGAUAAAGCAUAGCUUUGUAUCUGAUCUAGGACACAUCGACAUCCACUUGCGGAUUUAAAUUAAAUUGGUGAGAUGUUAGCAAGCGCUCCUCAACUAUUAUUAUCGAGGGGCAUUAAAAAAUCUCGCUUAAUUUCGGUUAUAUUUGGCAACAGCGAAGACAGCUCUACCGCUAUGCUACAGGGAAAUUUGGUACAAGUAGGCACUUUAUGAUUA